AUGGAAAUAACCCUUCAUAAAGCGCAGCGUGAGCGCACUCUUGCCAACACCACCGGCGCCCAAAACAACGGCGCUGAACUCGCGCAUUGGAUUGCCGCUCAUGAUGGACCUCAAAAAGGGACCGAACUCGUCGUAUUUUCAAAAUCCCCUGUUCAGCUGUUCCCUGACCGUCUGGCCGCCGUUGCAAAUACCUCUCUUGGACCUCUGGCAAAUCCCAGCCUCACACCUUUGUCGUCUCCAUAUAGUAGUGGCCAUCCAGCACCAGACGGCGUGUCUGCCGGACGGUGCGUAUUCUCGCAACUUUUUAUCGUCUAUCUCACUCGGUCUGCCAGCAUCAUCUUUCAGCUCUAUAGCGAUGUCGUUCCCAAGACGGCUGAAAAGCGAGCGUGGCAAGUCGACAGUCUCAGGUCAACCCCUCUACUACAAGGGAUCCAUCUUUCACAGAGUGAUUCCAGAAUUCAUGAUCCAGGGUGGAG